AUGGGCCGCAAGGCGCGUGCACCGCACGUUUCGCUCGAGGCGCAGCUGCAGCAGCUGACGCUGCUCAGUGACAUUGACUCGAACCCCGAGAAUGUCGAGCAGCUUGGCCCGAUCAUUAAAAGUCUCGAUGAGGCGCACCAGCAGGACGACUUUCUUCGGCACCUGCGCAAGUUUGUGCGCCAGAAAGACGAGGAGAUCGAGAUGGUGUGCAAUGAGAAUCACCAGGAGUUUGUUUCGUCGGUCGACGAGCUGCUGAUUGUGCGGAGCGGCACGGUGUCGCUCAAGCACCGCAUCAACGAGCUCGACCAAGAGAUCCAGUCGAGCGGCCACGCGCUCAGCACCAAGAAGCGCGACCUGAUCGACAAGCAAAAGACCACUCAAAACAUCGACGAGGCGCUCGAGGCGCUCCAAGAGUGCAUGCUCGUGCUGGAGAUGAGCGUGCUGGUCGAAGAUCUCAUUGCGCAGCAAAAGUACUAUUCCGCACUCCGGCGCCUCGACGAGCUCGGUAACAUCCACCUCAAGCCGCUGAUGCACCACGAGUUUGCGCGAAUGCUGCGCGACAGUAUUCCCGAUAUCCGCGAGCGCAUCCGCCUCGAAGUCACGAAGCAGAUGAAGGGGUGGAUGUACGACGUGCGCGAAAAGAGCGGCGCCGUCGGCCGCGUCGCGCUCGAGACGAUGGAGGCACGCCAACAGCGCUGGCGCCACCGCAGCCAAAAAGACCCGAUGCUCCGCCUCUCGUCGAUCAACUCGCCCAUCGAGCAGGUGGUGAACGAGAAGAUCGACGUCAACUUUCUCGACAAUGAGCGCGUGCAGAUCGACUUCAAGCCGCUGUACCAGUGUAUUCAUAUCUACGAGGUGCUCGACCAACGCGAGAAGCUCCAGGCAAACUACCAGGAGGACCGCAAGGCGCAGGCCAGCCUGCUCCUUUCGCAGCACCUCACCAUCCACAAAGGAGGAAAAGAGCUCAUGGGGCUUCUCGAAGAGGUCGUCGGCUACUUUGUCGUCGAGAACCAUGUGAUGCACACCUCUCCGCCGGGUUUCCGGCCCGCCGCAGAGGUCGAGGACGUGUGGGAAACCAUGUGCGAGCGCGUGGUCGACAUGGUGAAUCUCGGCCUGCGCGACUGCAAAGAUACCAAAGCGUACGUCGAGGCCAAGUCGGCCGUCCAGACCUUUAUCCGCACGCUCGAGUCGCUCGAGUUUGGCGUGGGUCGGCUCAAUGCGCUGCUCCUUACGCUUUUCCGGCGCUUUGCCGAGCUGCUGCGCGAGCGUUUUGCAACCGAUUUCCAGCAGGCGAUCCGCGAGGCGCAGCACCAGCCGAUGAUUGUCAACGACGCCGACGAGCUCGCCAAGGUUCUGAGCGUGUGCUGGCUCAAGCCCGGCGAGGUCGAGGCACUGCAGAACCAGCCGUUUCCGCUGUCUCUUCCUUUCUCGCAGACCUAUCCGCUGUGCUGCAUGGACAUCCGGAACCUCGUCGAGCAGUACUACAACUUCUCGAACGGCUUCACGCAGUACCACCGCGAGAUCGACUCGAUCCUCAAGCAGUCGCUCGACGAGCUGCUCGUCGAGCAGAUCAGUAUACAUAUCCGCGCGACGGUCGAGCAGUCGCACAACCUCAGCCAGAUCGCGCAGAUCAUCGUCAACGUCGAGCACUUCCAGCUCGCCUGUGCGGAGCUUGAAGUGUGGCUCGCCAACUCGCGCAAUCCCAAGGGUGGCGGCCGCUUGGAUCUGGACGCGUCGCAGCAUCUUGCGACGACGCUCGAGAUUGCGCAGAAGCGCAUCGACACGGCACUUUUUGUCAAGCUCGACCAAUUUCUGGAUCUGCUCGAGUACGACUGGGUACCGGCACAGCCCCGUCAGAGCGGCCAGGCCCAAGCGUCAGCCUACCUGGUGGAUCUGCUCGACUGGCUCUCGACCAUGAUGGAGUCGGCGCUCGUGCUGCUGCCGCCGGACGCCAAGGCUAUGACUUUUACGGCGUGCUUCAUGCACAUUACCAACCGGCUCCUCAACUCGGUGCUGCUCGACCGCGACGUGCGUAUGAUCAACAUCAACGCGUUGAUCAAUGUCGAAAUGGACGUGACCUACCUGUACCACUAUGCGAAGUCGCUCCAAGUUGAGGGUAUGGACGGCGUCUUUGGACAGAUCCGGCAGACGCUCGCCGUGAUUCUGUCCGAGUCCGUCUCGGAGUACGCGCUCUCGCCGCUGGCCCGCAACCAAAAGUUUCCUCAGGCGCAGCCGACCAAGGUCGCCAACAUCCUCGAGAAACUCGUCCAGUUCUACUCGGCGCAGCCUGGGCAGUCCGACGCGGCGCUGAAGCGUCUACGGGAGCGUGAGAUGGUCACGCGGCUGAUCCGCCGGUGA